AUGAAUAAUAGAAUACGUCUACUUAUCCUAUCAAUAUUCCUAAUAUUCCUAUCAACCUCAUGUAUCAUCUAUAAUUUUCUGAAACUUGGCGAAGAGCCAGAAAAUGAGCAAGUUUGCAGUGGUUACACGUAUUCGCGGAUUAUUCGAGAGCAGCAGAGGAUUUUGCGAAGUGUCAGGCAGGAAUUGCUCGAAUCGCAGGCGAAUAUUGAAGAAAUCCGGGCGGCGCAUGAGGAAUUGCUCAGAUUAAUCCCGCAAAAACGUGAGUUUCAGCGGUUUUUUUGGCUGAAAACCUGAAAAAACCUUUUUCUAGAAGCCGAGUUAUCAAAAAUCGAAGGAGAAAUCGAGGCGGCUGUGCGACUUCUCGAAGAAACGCGGCAAACUCAAAAUGUCCGUGUUUUCUUGCCGUAUUCCCCCGUUUCUGGAAAAUCCGAGAAAAUUCUGGAAUCGCCACGUGGCGAGCCGAAUUUUGAGGAUAUUAUUGAUUUUGGGUGAGAUUUUUGGGGUUUUCAUGAAAUUUGGAGAAUUUUGAAUAUAAAUAUUGCUAUUUUUGGGUCUCGCAGCGAAAAUCCAGGAUUUUAGACACAAAAUGCUCGAAAUUUCGCUGUGGGACCUGGAAAUUUAAAUUUUUCAUGAAAUUCCGAAAAUUUUGAGUGUAAAUAAGCCCAUGUUCCUUUAAAAAUAGCGAAUUUCGUGGCGAGACCAUUUUAAAGGAACAUGGGCUUGUUUAGAUUCAAAAUUUCGCUGCGGGACCUGAAAUUUCGAAUUUUUCAUGAAAUUUCGAGAAUUUUGAGUAUAAAUAAGCCCAUGUUCCUUUAAAAAUAGCGAAUUUCGUGGCGAGACCAUUUUAAAGGAACAUGGGCGUGUUUAGACUCAAAAUUUCGCUGCGAAACCUAAAAUUUCGAAUUUUUCAUGAAAUUCCGAGAAUUUUGAGUGUAAAUAAGCCCAUGUUCCUUUAAAAAAUAGUCAUUUUCGUGGCGAGACCUUUUUAAAGGAACAUAGGCAUGUUUAGAGUCAAAAUGCUUGGAAUUUCGCUGCGAUACCUAAAAUUUCAAAUUUUCCAUGGAAUUCCGAGAAUUUUGAGUAUAAAUAAGCCAAUGUUCCUUUAAAAAUAGCGAAUUUCGUGGCGAGACCUUUUUAAAGGAACACAGGCUUGUUUAGACUCAAAAUUUCGCUGCGAAACCUAAAAUUUCGAAUUUUUCAUGAAAUUCCGAGAAUUUUGAGUACAAAUAAGCCAAUGUUCCUUUGAAAAUAGCGAAUUUCGUGGCGAGACCAUUUUAAAGGAACAUGGGCAUGUUUAGACUCAAAAUGCUUGGAAUUUCGCUGUGGGACCUAAAAUUUCGAAUUUUUCAUGAAAUUCCGAGAAUUUUGAGUAUAAAUAAGCCCAUGUUCCUUUAAAAAUAGCGAAUUUCGUGGCGAGACCUUUUUAAAGGAACAUAGGCUUGUUUAGACUCAAAAUUUCGCUUCAAGACCUGAAAUUUCAAAUUUUUCACAAAAUUCCGAGAAUUUUGAAUAUAAAUAAGCCCAUGUUCCUUUAAAAAUCGCGAAUUUCGUGGCGAGACCAUUUUAAAGGAACAUUGGCUUGUUUAGAUUCAAAAUUUCGCUGCGGGACCUGAAAAUUUGAAAAUUUAAUGAAAUUUGGGAAAUUUUGAAUAUAAAUAAGCCCAUGUUCCUUUAAAUCUAGCGAUUUUCGUGGCGAGACCAUUUUAAAGGAACAUAGGCUUGUUCAGACUCGGAAUUUCGCUGCGAAACCUGAAAAUUUGAAAAUUUAAUGAAAUUCCGAUUAUUUUGAGUUUAAAUAAGCCCAUGUUCCUUUAAAAAUAGUGAAUUUCGUGGCGAGACCAUUUUAAAGGAACAUAGGCUUGUUUAGACUCAAAAUGACGCAAUUUUUCCAGCCGCUGCUCAAUUUCCUCCUUCCUCCCAAUCCACGUGUCAAUGCAAACCAACGGAACGCGCGAAUCCACGUGGCUGCGCGUUUUCCGCGCGGAAAUUCAAAAUUUGGUCGACGCGGAAAGCGACGCGUGCCUAACAAUCCGCAUAACAAAUGGCGAGAAAAUCGCGACCAAGAAAAAUUUGGUGAUUUUCAACGUUGGCGCAAAUCUGGUGCAUGCUGACGCAAUUUUGGUGCAAAAAAUGGCGCGAAAACUGAUUGAUUUUCCGCUCAUCGACGCUGCGGAAGCGGACGCGGAAGCGGAAAACUCGAAUUUCCACGUGGCGAUUCUACCGGCCACUCGGGAAUUCUUCAUAAAUUUCAAAAAAUCCGAAAUUUUUCCCGCCAAAAUGCAAAUUUUGGUGGAAAAUUUGAAUUUGCCGGGAAAAUUCGAUGAGUGGAGUUGGCACAACUCCAAAUUUUGCAUCAUUUUUGGGUCCCGCCACGAAAAUCCCAAAUUUUUGGAGAAUUUGGCCAAUUCUUUGAGAUUCGGAUGUGUUCCGGUGAUACUGUCGACUACUGUAGUUUUGCCGUUUGAAGGUUGGUGUUCCUUUAAAUUUGCGGGAGGGGUACUGUAGAUUUUUGGGCGCGAAAUUCGGGUCAUUUUGAGACCAAAUAUGGCUGGGGUACUGUAGUUUAUGACGUGGCAAAUGGCCGCGAAAAAUUUGAAUUUGUAUUUUUUUUUUUGAAUUUUGAAAUUUCAUUUUUCCCGCCUUAAAUGAAUCUAGAAGUACUGUAGUUUUUUAGCGCUAGAAAUAAUUUUUUAAAAAAUUUCCCGCAAAAAUCACCUACAGUAACCCUACAGUAUUUGGUCUCAAAAUGACCGCGAAAAAAAAUUGAAUUUGAAUUUUUUUUUAAUUUCGAAAUUUCGCGCUGAAACUCCACGUGUCAAAAAUUUUUGAAAUUUCAUUUUUCCCGCCUUAAAAUAAUCUAGAAGUACUGUAGAUUUUUUUGGGCGCGAAAAAAUUCAUUUAAAAAAAUUCAAAUUUCCCGCAAAAAUUAUCUACAGUAACCCUACAGUAUUUGGUCUCAAAAUGACCGCGAAAAAAAUGAAUUUGAAUUUUUUUGAAUUUCGAAAUUUCGCGCCUUAAAAUAAUCUAGAAGUACUGUAGAUUUUUAGCGCGAAAAAAUUAAUUUUAAAAAUUCAAAUUUCCCGCAAAAAUUACCUACAGUAACCCUACAGUAUUUGGUCUCAAAAUGACCGCGAAAAAAAAUUUGAAUUGCGAAUUUUCGCGCUACAGUAACCCUACAGUAUUUGGUCUCAAAAUGACCGUAUUUUCACGGCGAAACCUACAGUACCCCUUUCAGAAUUUAUCGAUUGGCGUCUCGCCACCUACCGUAUACCUCUGGCUCGCCUUCCCGAACUCCACUUCAUCCUAAAAUCCAUCGAAAUCGCCGAUUUUCUCGAAAUGAAACGAAUGGGACAAGUAUUUUGGCGGCGAUAUCUCGCCACGAAAACAGGUACUGUAGCUAGCGAUUUUUGGCGCGAAAUUCAAAAAUUUUUCCAGAUUUCGUUCGAACUCUACUGGCCGCCUUGAGAUAUCGAUUGGUGCUGCCGAGUUUUGAGGAAAAUCGAAAAAAUCGAGCGCAGCCCGCCUUCCAGAAUGCCACGUCAUUUUCAGCACCGAUUUUGACGCCGGUUUCGCAGCAGCCAAAAUUUGAGGAGGAUUAUUCGCUGGGUGAGUUUUUGGGGAGCAUUUUGACACCAAACAAGCCUAUGCUCCUUUAAUUUUGGGUCCCGUCACGACCUACAGUACCCUCCCCACAUUUUUCCGAUCAUUUUGACACCCCACAAGCCUAUGUUCCUUUAAUUUUUGCGAAAUCUGGGAAUUCUACAGUAACCCAGAUACAGUAACCCAAAAAUUGCCACGUGCAUCUUGCUCCCCACAUUUUUCCGAUCAUUUUGACACCUCACAAGCUUAUGUUCCUUUAAUUUUGGAAUUCUACAGUAACCCAGAUACAGUAACCCAGAAAUUGCCACGUGCAUCUUGCUCCCCACAUUUUUCCGAUCAUUUUGACACCCCACAAGCCUAUGUUCCUUUAAAUUUGGAAUUCUACAGUAACCCAGAUACAGUAACCCAGAAAUUGCCACGUGCAUCUUGCUCCCCACAUUUUUCCGAUCAUUUUGACACCCCACAAGCCUAUGUUCCUUUAAAUUUUUCGCUGCGAGACCCGAAAAUCUACAGUAACCCUAGGCUUGUUGGGUCUCAAAACGACCGGAAUUUUCGCGCGCCAAAAUCUACAGUACCCCGAAUUUAAAAAUUUUCAGGACCUCUCGAACCCGCCUACAAAUCCCCACAAUAUCUCCACAAUUUCACGCAAUUCCAACUCUACUCAUAUUCCACGUGGAAUGUUGCAAUCGCGCCCCACCGAACUCCGGAAUAUUUGAUAGGAUCGCACGAUCCGCCGGCGGAAGCGGAAUUCUUUCCGGAUUCCGCGUCCGCGUUCCGCCCCAUAUUUCCCGGUUCCGGAACGGAAUUCAAUCGGAAUUUGGGCGGAAAUCGACACAAGGAGCAGUUUACGGUGGUUUUGUUGACUUUUGAGAGGGAUGCGGAAUUGAAGGCGGCACUGGAGCGGUUAAAUCAGCUACCCUAUUUGAAUAAGGUGAGACGCGCGCGGAAAGCUUGCGGAAGCGCGGAAAAUGAGCGCGGAAACGUGAAAUUUGACCCAGAAUUACUGUAGAUCCUGGAUUACUGUAGAAAAUGCCACGUGGAUUUUCAAAAAAAAUUUGAAUUUUCAAAAUUUUCGCGCCAAAAUUUCUUUGAUCCAGGAUUACUGUAGAAAAUGCCACGUGGAUUUUUGAGAAAAAUUCAAAUUCCUAAUUUUCGCGCCAAUAUUUCUUGAUCCUGGAUUACUGUAGCCAUUUUUUCUAGAAAAAUUUGAAUUUUCAAAAUUUUCGCGCCAAAAUUUCUUGAUCCAGGAUUACUGUAGAAAAUGCCACGUGGAUUUUUGAAGCUUCUUUUUUUUUGAGAAAAAUUUGAAUUUUUAAAAUUUUCGCGCCAAAAUUUAUUGCUCCUGGAUUACUGUAGGCUAAAUUUACACUCAAAAUAUCAGAUUUUUCAUUAAAAAUUUGAAUUUUUGCCAAAUUUUUGAUGGAAUUUCAGAUUUUCAGCCAAAUAUAUCAAAUUUACACUCAAAAAAUCCGCAUUUUCAGCCAAAAAUUCCAGAUUUUCAGCCAAAUUUCCGAUUUUCAGCCAAAUAUAUCAAAUUUACACUCAAAAAAUUGGCAUUUUCAGCCAAAUUUCCGAUUUUCAGCCAAAAAUUCCAGAUUUUCAGCCAAAUAUAUCAAAUUUAGACUCAAAAAAAUCGUAUUUUCACCAAAAUUUCCAGAUUUUCAGCCAAAUUCCAGAUUUUCAGAUCCUCGUAAUCUGGAACAACAUAAAUCGAGUUCCCUCGGAUUCUUGGCCCUCCCUUCAUGUUCCAAUCGAAUUCAUAAAAGUCGCCAAAAACAGUCUGAACAAUCGAUUUAUUCCGUGGAAUCGAAUUGAGACUGAAGCCGUGCUUUCUUUAGAUGAUGAUAUUGAUUUAAUGCAGGAAGAGUUCCUUUUAGCUUUUAGGUGAGCAAAUUUGGAGCAUUUUGAUACCAAAUAUGCCUGGGGUACUGUAGAAAACCUGAAAUUCCACGUGGAAAUUGAAUUUGACGCAUUUUGACACCCCACAAGCCCAUGUUCCUUUAAUUUUGGGUCCCGCCACGACCUACAGUACCCUAGACCUCGAAUUCCACAUUUUUCUGAUCAUUUUGACACCCCACAAGCCCAUGUUCCUUUAAAUUUGCAAUUCUACAGUAACCCAGAUACAGUAACCCAGAAAUUGCCACGUGCAUCUUGCUCCCCACAUUUUUCCGAUCAUUUUGACACCCCACAAGCCUAUGUUCCUUUAAUUUUUGCGAAAAUUUGGAAUUCUACAGUAACCCAGAUACAGUAACCCUAGAAAUUGCCACGUGCAUCUUGCUCCCCACAUUUUUCCGAUCAUUUUGACACCCCACAAGCCUAUGUUCCUUUGAUUUUUGCGAAAAUUUGGAAUUCUACAGUAACCCAGAUACAGUAACCCAGAAAUUGCCACGUGCAUCUUGCUCCCCACAUUUUUCCGAUCAUUUUGACACCCCACAAGCCGAUGUUCCUUUAAUUUUUGCAAAUUUUUGGAAUUCUACAGUAACCCAGAUACAGUAACCCAGAAAUUGCCACGUGCAUUUCGCUCCCCACAUUUUUCUGAUCAUUUUGACACCCCACAAGCCUAUGUUCCUUUAAAUUUUUCGCUGCGAGACCCAAAAUCUACAGUAACCCUACCCUAGUCAUGUUUGGUCUCAAAAUGACCGUAAUCCCACGAAAAAUUUGAAUUUCUAGAGUUUGGCGCGAAAAUCGUGACCGUAUCGUCGGAUUCCCGGCGAGAUAUCAUGCAAGAUAUGGGGAAAAAAUGUACUAUAACAGUAAUCACACGUGUCAAAUGAGCAUUAUUUUGACGGGAGCCGCUUUUUUGCAUAAGGUGAGUUUAAGGCACUAUUUUAGGCCUGGUUUUAGGCUGUUAAGGCCCUAUUUUUAGGCUCUUAAGGCCCUAAUUUAGGCCUGUUGUUAGGCUAGUUUCAGGCUUCCUUUAGGCCCGUUUUUAGGCCCGUUUAAGGCCCUAAUUUUUCCAGAAUUACCUCGAUUUCUACACCUAUGAAAUGCCCGCCGAAAUUCGCCGCCACGUGGAUGAAAUUCAAAAUUGCGAAGAUAUCGCCAUGAAUUUCCUCGUGGCACAUUUGACCAGAAAACCGCCGAUCAAAACCACUUCUAGAUGGACCAUAAAGUGAGUUUUUGGGACCUAAAUUUGAAUUUAGGAAAAAAAUUUGGAGAAUUUUGAGCCCAAACACGGUGAAUUUUGAGCUGAAAUUGAAUUUUCAGCAAAAAAUUUGAAUUUUUCCCAAUUUUCAGCUAAAAAUUUGAAUUUUUUUCAAUUUUCAGAUAAAAAUUUGAAUUUUUUUUCAAUUUUCAGCUAAAAAUUUGCGAUUUUUUUCAAUUUUCAGCUAAAAAUUUGAAUUUUUUUUAAAUUUUCAGCUGAAAAUUUGAAUUUUUUUCAAUUUUCAGCUAAAAAUUUGAAUUUUUUCCCAAUUUUCAGCCAAAAUUUUGCGAUUUUUUUCAAUUUUCAGCUAAAAAUUUGCGAUUUUUUUCAAUUUUCAGAUAAAAAUUUGAAUUUUUUCAAUUUUCAGCUGAAAUUUUGCGAUUUUUUUCAAUUUUCAGCUAAAAAUUUGCCAUUUUUUUCAAUUUUCAGCUAAAAAUUUUCGAUUUUUUUCAAUUUUCAGCUAAAAUUUUGCGAUUUUUUUCAAUUUUCAGCUAAAAAUUUCGAAUUUUUCAAUUUUCAGCUGAAAAUUUGAAUUUUUCUCAAUUUUCAGCUAAAAUUUUGCUUUUUUUUUCAAUUUUCAGCUAAAAUUUUGCGAAUUUUUUCUGAAUUUUCAGCUAAAAAUUUGAAUUUUUUCUCAAUUUUCAGCUAAAUUUUUGCGAUUUUUUUCAAUUUUCAGCUAAAUAUUUGAAUUUUUUUCAAUUUUCAGCUAAAAAUUUGAAUUUUUGUUCAAUUUUCAGCUAAAAAUUUGCCAUUUUUAUCAAUUUUCAGCUGAAAAUUUGCGAUUUUUCUGAAUUUUCAGCUAAAAAUUUUGAUUUUUUUCAAUUUUCAGCCAAAUCUUUGAAGUUUUUUCAAUUUUCAGCUGAAAUUUUGCCAUUUUUUUCAAUUUUCAACCAAAAUUUUGCGAUUUUUUUCAAUUUUCAGCUAAAAUUUUGAAUUUUUCUCAAUUUUCAGCCUAAAAUUUACCAUUUUGAUCCAAAUUUUGUGAAUUUUCCCCCAGAAUUCCCCAAAAUCUCACAAUUUUUCCCAGAUGUCCAACAUGUGCCGAAAAACUGUCCGAUUCCGAUUCUCAUUUCUCCAAACGUCACGAGUGCAUUCGUCUCUUCACCACAAUCUACGGGUACAAUCCAUUGCGUUUCUCGCAAUUUCGAGCCGACUCGAUUCUGUUCAAAACUCGCCUGCCUGAAACACAUCAGAAAUGUUACAAGUAUGUGUAA